AUGGCUCUUUGCUUAGACGAAUUGAAACGAUUCUUCGCUGCUGUGGUAAAUUGGUGCAAUACCGAAUUAUCAGGCUCGAAACAGCAGCCUAAAGGUUUAAAAAAUCCAGAACUAAUUGCAAAUGAAACGCUGUUUACUGUAAGUGAGGUUGAAGCGUUGUAUGAACUAUUUAAGAAGAUUAGCAGUGCAGUUGAUGAUGAUGGACUGAUUACUAAGGAAGAAUUUCAGUUGUCCUUGUUCAAGACAAGCAACAAAAGAAGUUUAUUUGCUGAGAGGGUGUUUGACUUGUUUGACACACACCACCAUGGAGUACUUGAUUUCAAAGAGUUUGCAUCUGCUUUGUCUGUUUUUCAUCCAAUUGCAUCAAUGGAUGAUAAGAUUGACUUUUUAUUCAGAUUGUAUGAUCUCAAACAUCAAGGACACAUUGAGAGGCAAGAGUUGAGACAAAUGGUGGUGGCUACUUUAACAGAAUCUGGCAUGAAUCUUUCAGAUGCUAUGAUUAAUGGCAUCAUUGACAAGACAUUUGAUGAAGUGGACACAAAUGAUGAUGGAAAGAUUGACAAAGAAGAAUGGCGCACCCUUGUGACGCAGCAUCCAUCCCUUCUCAAGAAUAUGACUCUUCAUUAUCUCACAGAAAUCACAACUACAUUUCCAAGCUUCAUAUUUCACUCUACAGUUGAUGAUAGUUGA